AUGGGGAUCUUGGCUUACUGUGUCGAGGCUCUCAGAGGGCCUGGGGCCAAAGGGCCCGUGGAGGCCGCUGCACCAACGCAGCAGGUCUUGACGGAGAUUCCCAGCGACGACGGGAAGGGAGUGACCACGAUCACCACGACCGCUCCUAGGCCUGCCCUGAACGUCACGGGAUAUUCGAGACUCGCAAAGGAGCGUCGUUUGGACAGGUGGCUCGACUGGCUUGUACAGGCUUCCGGGUCCGAGCCCGUCUUCCUGUUGAUCUCGCUCAGCCUCCUGGCCUGGGCGUUCCUUGGCAUCCCCUAUGGCUCCUCGACCGACUGGGCGGUGAUCAUUUCGGACGUCCAGGCUAUCGUCAGCUAUCUGUUCGACUCCCUUCUCAUGCGGCAACAGCUGAACGGCUACGAUGAGAUCCUCCGCGUGGCAUGCUGUCUCCGAUCACGAAGCAUUAGUCAACGAAGGAUGCUUCGCGAGGUCUUGAGCCGCCGUGUCGUCGACUGGUCACAGCUGGCCACACUGCAGGGUAGUCACUCGGCCGAGCUGCCCGCAGAGAGCAUCGUCGGGCGGGUUUCUACACUGGCGGCAAAAUACAUGGGGCACAUCGUCUCGGUCUUCCUGUACUGGGUCGGCAUCUUCAUCUGGAUAGGGUUCGGCUCAUACAUGGACUGGAGCGACCAGUGGCAGCUCUACAUCAACUCGGCGACCUCGGCGCUGAUGGUUCUGAUCUUUGCCUUCCUGGCAAACAUCCGCGAACGGCAUUCGGCCUACGCCGCAAAGUGUCUGAACCACAUCUUCGAAGUCGAUUCGACGAUCGAGUUCAAGCUUCGCACCAUGACCGGCAACAUCGAUCCCAACCCCAGCGUUACCAUUCCGGCACCGAAAGUCGGCCGGCUCCAGAGGGCGAUCUUCUACUACGCCGACGUGGUCGGAACGCUGGUGGGCAUCGCCAUCCUGAUUGUCGUCAUGGUGGUGUGGAUUGCCAUCGGCCCCCUGAUGCAGUUCAACUCGAACUGGUGGCUGCUGAUCGGGACGUAUGCGGGCCUGGUAGGCCUCAACGACGGCUUCGUGCUGCGCAAUGUCCAGGCUCGCCUGAACGAGUAUGAGGACGCGGCGUUCGCCGAGGUUGCCAUGGAGGACAUGAAUGUCCUCAUGGACGCUGGCAUCCCGGACCCGAAGGAAGAGCACAUCCCCAAGACUUCGAUCACUCACCGUGCUUCUGUCAAGAUGGGUAUCAUCUGCGCCCAUGAGGUCACGGUCGUGCUCGGUGUCAUCUUGAUCUUUGGUCUCAUCGCCGGAGCGAGUGCCAUGAAGUGGACGACGACAGGGCAGCUGCUUUGCAACGUGCCGCCCAGCCUCAUCGAGUCCUUUUUCAUGCUGAUCCUCAUUACCUUCCACAACAUCUCCGACUCCCGUCGGCGUCUGGAGCUCCACGACAUACCGCAGUCGUUUGCAACAGAAGGUCGACCUUUUGAUCCAUAUACUACACGGGAGCAUCACGAUGCAGCGCCGUCCCGGCUGAACUCAACCCGACACCCUCCCGUCUGUGGCCACGGCCGCGCUGCGCCCAGCAUCGCCGGCUCACUCGUCUCCUUCUCCUCCUCCCUCCCUCCCUCCCCGGCUGACAUGUACAUCGGCAAUCAAACCAAGAUCAUGCGCAAGCUACUAGGCAAGCCACCGACCGUCGACACCUCCAACGAAAACACCGCCGGCAUUACCUCCUCUCCCGCCGUCGCCGCCUACCGCCCCAAUGCCUCACAGAACGCCGUCUAUCACGCCGGUGUCCCCAUCGCCCGCAUCGAUGCCUCCCCGGACGGCAAGUCGGCGGUCCUCGCCGGCCGCCACAUCCUCAAGAUCGUCAAGAUCGACGGGCUCACCGUGAAGGAGGGACUUGACAUCCGUGCCCUCAUCACCUCGCAGCGCGCCGCGUCUGCGUCCUCCGCCUCGACCGCCGACCAGCUCUCCAUUCGCGAUGUCAAGUGGGCCAAGGGCCACGAGGGCAAGAUCUUCACGGCCUGUGCGAAUGGCAAGAUAUUCCGCUACGACAUAUCGCGCGUGGGCACCGCGACGCCCGGCGGCACUCCGCUAGACACGAUACAGAUGGCCGAAGACUCGCGCCAGGUCAACACGCUCGACGUCAACCCGCACCGCGGCUCCUUCUUGCUGUCUGGUAGCCAGGACGGCGUCGUGCGGCUGUUCGACAUUAGGGAGCCGGUACAGACGCGCAGGGGACCGAGCUUUAGGACGUCUCAGGCCUUCAAGUGCAAUGCUGAGGGUGUGCGCCAUGUCAAGUGGUCGCCCAAGGAGGCCUUCUUUUUCGCCUGUGGCACAGAGCAAGGCGUGGUGCUCAAGUGGGAUAUCCGCAAAGCCGCUGCGCCGCUACUGCGCAUCAAUGCGCACGAAAAGACGUGCACGUCGGUGUCGUGGCAUCCCGACGGAGAGCACCUGAUCAGCGGCGGGUGGGAUAACAAGUGUCAUGUGUGGGAUAUGUCGAGGGAUAAGAGGCAGAAACCAAAGUACACGAUCUCGACCCCGGGGCUGGUGGCAGAUCUUGCUUGGCGCCCGGGCCAGUGGUCCGCGACUGCGCAAGGCAAGCGGGCUGCGCAGGUCGCAGUGACGUAUGAUGAGACGAGCCAGAAGCGGUUCGGCAUCAACACUGUCCAUAUUUGGGAUCUGGCGAGACCGACCAUGCCAUACAAGGAGAUCGACAGGUUCGACUUCUCGCCCUCCGGCAUACUGUGGCACGACCAGGAUCUGCUCUGGACCGUGGGGCAGGAUGGCCUGUUCAAUCAGUGCGAUGUUGCCUUUGCGCCCAAGGUCCUCGACCGCACGUCUGUCUCUAGUAUGGCUUUCUCGGCUCGAGGCGAGGUCCUGAUGUUCUUGGAUGAACGUCCUCAGGCUCGCCGGCCCCGGCUUGCUACUCUUCGCGAAGCCGAGACGGUGCCAUCGACGCCACAGAACUCGAGUCCUACAGCGCCCAUGCUGAGCGUCAGCCGGAGUGAUUCGGAAGACGACGUCGUGGGCAGCUUCCUCGGCCCACGCAAACGACCUGGACGAAGGCGGAGGCCGAGCGUCAGAUCAGUACACACGUUGAGCACUACACCGCCGACUGGACCAACCUCAGACGACCAUGUCUUCUCGUUGGAACAGACCCUCAAGAUGACUGGGCAAUUCAAGUCCCAGCAGGCGAUGGCCAUAGGACCCGUGCCGUCUGGCGCAAAGCCCAAUGUCUACCAGUACCUGACCAUGCAUUACCUAGAGACGCUCAAGAGCGGCCUACCAUACGUUCGCGAUGGUCCGCUCAUGGCGGAACGAGUCGCAGGCAUCAUAGAACACUAUGCAAGAGCUGCUGAGAACGCGGGACAGUUUAGGCUGGCGCAGACCUGGCGUAUCCUGGCCUUUGCCGUGGAACGUCUGCUCUCCAGGCGCGCCCAGUACCAUCUGGAACGGCGCAUGUCCAGGCAAAAGAACCAAUCUCCGGCAUGGAGAGCAUGGAAGGAAUCCCAGGCUCAGGAGAGGCCAAGGCUUGGUUCGAUGGUCCCCAUACCCGAAGCAGACGAUACCCCUCGCAAGGCGCACUCGUCGUCAAGCCUGCUGGACAAACAUGCACCGUUGAGAUCGCUGCUGGCUGAAGAGUUUGAGAGCACGUCCAACAUGCCUACCCCCAUCGCCCGGCCCGUCGAUAACUACGCCGAGAACCGCACGAGGUCGGAUCCAGUACAUCUCAUCGGCUCGCACACAGACCUUCCGCCGGUGCCGGAGAGCGAGGAUUUCAACCUGCCUGCUGCGGUACACUCGCAGGCAAUCGAGCCUCGGAAACGUCUAGAUUCCAUGCCCUUGUCUGACACGAGCUUUGCCAGCGACGGUACAAAGAUCUCGAGCACAGAGGGAUACGACUUUUACGACAUGGACACCAUUGUUCACGCGAUUGAUGUGCCGCAGACGAGGAGAGACCCCGAGGUCUCGGACCAGAUCCAGCCUCGAUCACCGAGCAGGGAGAAACCUCUUCCCUUGCGACACGACUCUGACGAGAGCUUCGCUCAGCUGUUCUCCAUCUCGCAGGCGUCUGGCCAGUCUGGUCAGACCAGCUCCUCGGGUAGCAGUCUCUCACGAAGGAUCACGAACCCCGAGCGCAUCCCAGUACACCGCCGCUCAAGUGCCAGCGAGGCCAUGGAUGGCGAAUACCAGAGCCGCAUACGAGGCAAGCAGCUACAAAACUCGCCGGGCUCGUCGCAGCUGCUACGAAGAACGCUACGGCGAACGAGUACCAGCAUGACGGAUACGACAGAUGAAGAUUACAGGAUGAUCACGCAGACAACGAGCGGCAGCAUCCCCUCCCAAGGCUUCUCUAGCAGAUACGAUGAAGACUUCAACAGCGGCGUCCCACAAAUCGAAGUGGCCGAUGCGGAGUCUGUCGCAGCAAGCCUGCAGGAUUCUGGUCCCAUCGAAGAUGAAAACUCACCUUUUGUCAUCGAGUCAGACUAUUACAUCUGGCCCUCGGACCCAGCGUUUCCAUAUCCGACAAGCAACGACAAGGAAGUUCACAAGCGGCGGCCAGUACCUCUGCAGCCUUAUACACUCAUCUCGCGAGCUUUGGCAUUUGAGACACGCUCUUCGGCGCUCAAUGCAGCCGCAAUCGUCCUGCUCCUCAAGCCCCUGGUGCCCAAUGACGUGAUCGACACUUUCCAAGCCGGUGGUAUUCUGCGACAGCACCACAGCCGGCUCAUGGGCAUGAAGCUCUUUGUAGAGGCUGCACUGCUCCGCAAGCUCUGCGUCAAGGGGUGGCCCGGCGGCCUCCUGUCCGACUGGGGCGAGAGCUACAGCGCCAUCUUCACCCUGGCCCAGACGGGCGUGUCGGUCGGGUUCCUGUGCUCCAAGUGCCGCAAGCCCCGGGACAUCGACCGCACGUCCAGGUCGAACGACACCGUCUGGGUAUGCGACCGGUGCCGCGGGACCAUGGGGCCCUGCGCGGUCUGCAAGCACAGAGACACCACGUCCAACAUCUUCCCGCUCGACCAGACGCCGCUCCACGGCGGCGGCGGGCCUCACCACCCGCACAGCACCGACGACAGACAAGAAGACCUCCGCAACGUGCUGUCGACGUGGUGGUACUGCCCCGGCUGCGGCCACGGCGGGCACGCGACCUGCCUCGAGGCGUGGCACUCGUCGGCCGCCGACGGCGCGUCCGGCGGCAGCCCGCUCAUCGGCAGCGGCGGCACGGACCCGCAGCACAUCCCCGAGUCCGGCACGGGCGCCGAGUUCUCGGACGGGUGCUGCCCGCUCGACGGGUGCGGGCACCCGUGCCUGCCGGGCCGGUGGCGCACCGAGAGCGCGGCGACGCGGAGCGAGGAGCUCACGAGGUCUAUGCGCGAGGUGGCGCGCGGUGGUGGCGCGGUGGUGGGUGCCGGCGCGGGAGGGGCCGCGUCGGCUCCCGGAGGAGGGUUCAAGGGGUCGCCUCUGGGCUCUGUGGGCGGGGAUAGGGGUGCUGUUGGGGAUCGGAGGGUGAGCGGGGGGUCUGGGAUGUUGCCUCUCGGCGCGGGGAUCAGGGGCGAUGGGAACGAUGUCUUGCAGAGCCGGGCGGUGGAGAGUGUGAGGGAGGUGCUGGGCGGUGAUCGGGACGGGAUGGGAGGCGGCAGCAGGGGUGUCGCGAUGGGGAGUAGUCCUGGUCGGGGUGGCGGUGUCGGGAUUACCGGCGGCGUCGGGGUCGGGGAGCAGCGGGAGAGGGAGAGGAGGAAGAUCGUCAAGUUUGCUGGGACGGAGGAUAGGAGAUAA